AUGGCUACUGGGUUGCAGACUGCAUCAGUGGCCGUACGUGAUGCAAUACAGAAGAGUUAUUUGAUAUCCUCUACUGCUGGAGUUUCUCCUGCACGAUAUCGUCUCCUCACCACCAGAAGUAAUCUUGAUGAAAACGGAUCAGUAAGAAAAUGGACAUUUGGACAGGGACAUGUCAACAUGCAAAACAAAAUUCUACUGAUAGUAGGAGAAACUGGAACAGGCAAAACUACUCUGAUCAAUGCCAUGGCUAAUUAUAUACUCAGGGUGAAGUUUGAAGAUGAAGUGUGGUUUGAGAUUACAGAAGAGGGAGGAGAUAAUGAUGUGACAGAUCAGUCAAAAACUCAAACAACUAAAGUCACAGUGUAUGAAGUCUUUGGUCAGGACAACCCAAUCUGUCUUACCAUCAUUGACACUCCUGGUUAUGGAGACACCAGAGGAACAGAUCAGGAUAAACAGAUUGCUGAGAAUCUGUACAAACUGUUUCGCAGUGAUUCUGGAGUGAAAGAAAUUGAUGCAGUGUGUCUGGUAGUGAAGGCAUCUGAGAAUCGACUCACUGACAGACAGCAAUACAUCUUUGAUGCAGUUUUGUCUUUGUUUGGUAAAGACAUCGAGAACAAUAUUGUCAUUUUUGUCACUUAUUCAGAUGGAAUGCCUCCAACAAAUGUGAUAAAUGCCAUUAAGCGAGCAGAGAUUCCCUGCAGGAAAGAUGAAGAAAAUGAACCUGAGUGUUUCUUAUUUAACAAUCGACAAACUGAGAAAAGGAGCGAAAAGUAUAACAGACCUCUUCAGUCAGCUUGGGAACAAACAGAAGACAGUUUAAAUCAUUUCUUUGACUCACUGAAAAAUGAGAACAGAAAAAGUUUGGAGCAAACUAGUGGUGUUCUGUCUGAGUCCAAACGACUUGAAGCCUGUAUUAAUAAUCUACAAAGCCGUAUUACGUUUGUAGAGUGCAACAGUAAAGAACUGGUUCAGAUUCAGAAAGCUCUCCAGAAAAACAGAGAAAAGAUUGAGAAAAAUGAAAACUUUACUUUUACAGUAACCAGGUAUUAUAAAGAAAAAGUUCUCAUUGAAAAUGCUUCAUGGUGGGACAGAAAGGCCACCACAUGCUCUGUCUGUAAAGAGAACUGUCAUGAGUAUGGCUGCUGGGCAGCCUGGAAUGCUGAGUGGUGUUACGUCAUGAAAAAAGGCCACUGCACAUCAUGUACACGUAAAUGUCACUACACUAAACAUGUCAGCGAGAACAAGAAAUAUGUGAUACGUGAAGAGGAGACCACGAUGACAUAUGCUGAUUUCAAAAAACAAUAUAAAACCAACAGUAAUUCAGCAUCAGGUGUCACAUAUGAUUCUGAAGCCUUAAAAAAUGUUGAAAAUGAGCUUGAAAGUGAAAAGAAACAAGAAAAGGAGAUGAAAAGCAUAGAGUCUGGACUGAAAGAAGAUGUGAGCAACAUUGAAAAGGAGAAAUCUAAGCUGGUGGAAGAAGCCUACACUGUCAUCAUUAAACUGUUUAAGAUUGCUUUAAAGCCAGAUUCUGCUUUCAUUAUUCAGGCUCUUGACUUCUUGAUCCCUCGAGCUGAGGAAACUGGAAAACCUGAUCUUGCUCAGAAACUAGAAGAGAUGAGAAAAAUUCGACCGGAAUCAGAGGAAAGAGUUCAUGCUGCAGUGGGGUAUAAAAUGAAAUAG